AUGAUUCUUCAAAGCUUGUCUCACACUGAUGUCCCUGUUGCUGUCUCCGUGAGUGAAUGCCAACUUUAUGAGGUUUCUUCGAGCAUUUUAAUGGCAGAAAGCUGGGUCAGGACCCAUGUUCUGACCUACUUCCCUUCGACCCAAAUCAGCACCAUUGUGGUGGGAAAUGCUGUCCUUUGCCACAGAGAUCAUGAGGAGAAUUGGGGUUUGGUUCUGCCAUCUCUGAAGAACAUUUACUACUCCCUCGUCAGAUGGGGCUUGGAGAAAGAAAUCAAGAUGUCGGCUUCGUUUUCUAGUGACUGUUUAAAUCUAAAUUCCAACACAUUUAGAGAUGAACUAACCGCGAAUCUUAUCAAUCCUCUGUUAGGUUUUCUUCUUAAAUCCAACUCAACCUACUGUGUCAGCCCAACUGCAGAUUUUUCACCAUUGUCAUCUGAAACUACAGACUUGGUUUCUGCUCACUUUGAAUCCAUCAAAAAUCUUGGGCCAUUUCAGAUGAAUGGGUUUAAUGUCGUCCUUUGCACCCAAGAAAAAUAG